CCGCAUAUGAUAGCAAUUCAUUGGACGAGUCUCUGAGAUAUGAGUUUGAAAACGGAAAGCAUAUCAUCACUAAGGAAUCGGUCGAAGGGGCCAAAGAAUUUGCUGAGAAAGGCGUCGGUAGGCACGGGAAGUUUGUUUUGCAUAAAGUCGACUAUACCGUUGAGGUCACCGUCUAGUGGUUUAGAUCUGAUAUUACGGUCAAAUUUCCAUCAGCAGAAGAGUGUCAUGUUUUUGUUGUCCAACCUCUUCGACCCGCGCUAUGCCUUCCUGUUCUACAGUCCGCUUAUAUUCUCAUUGAACCGAUUCGCGGGCCGUAAGCUAAUGUGGGUGACAGUGAUGGCCGAGUGGUCCAAUCAGGUGCUCAAGUGGAUCAUGAGGGGCGAGAGGCCCUACUGGUGGAUACACGAGACCGACGUCUAUAACAAAACCGGCGAAACCAGACUCCCGGCGAUACAGCAGUACUUUAUGACCUGCGAGACGGGCCCGGGAUCUCCGUCGGGACACGCGAUGGUGACGGCAGCCGUUUGGUAUAUCCUCAUCGAGGCCUUCCUGCGCCAAAGCGGAACUCUCACCAAACGGUCGAUCCUUAACCGCAUUUGUUGGGCCAGUUAUACCAUAGUUUUGUGUUGCGUGAGUCUGUCCCGUAUCUAUUUGGCCGCACACUUCCCACACCAGUGCGCGCUGGGAAUGGUCAUUGGGGUGGCCGUCGCUAUGCUGGUCAGCCAUUUGGACACCGAUUCGGUCACUCGCAAGCAAUUCAUUUGGGGAACGGUAGGCCUGUUUAUGUCGGCCCUAUCGACGUAUGCCGUACUGAAAAUGUUGGGCUUCAACCCGAUGUGGUCGGUGGAGAGGGCGCUGAAGUGGUGCGCCAAACGAGAACACGUCCACUUGGAUACGACACCAUUCUUCUCAAUGAUGAGGUACACCGGCUUCUUCCUGGGUAUGGGUCUCGCCCUUCACUCAAAUAUGCACCGAAUCGGUACCAAAGAGCGCUUCACGACAUCGAUGAAAGUUUUGGCCGCAAUCCUGUCCGUCGGGUUCGCCAAAGCGACCGAAUUUGUGCCGAUGCCUAAAGAUAAUGUCAAUCUAUGCUAUGCGAUGGCAUUCCUCUUGAGUGCAGUACUUCCCUAUGUUUUCGUAGCUGUCAUUCCCUACUGUUUGACAAAAGUUUUCUAUAAGAAUGAGAAAACGAAAACUCAAUAAUUUUUUCAUUUAUUCAUUUUUUGGUGAUCAUUAAUGUAUAUAAUUUAAUAUUGUAUUUAUAUUUUCUAUAUGAAUCAUGUGUAAAUAAAUCAUAAAUCAAUUCAAAUGAACUCAAAUAAAACAAAAACUGUUUUAAAAAUUAAA